AUGCGCCCGCAGGAGGGCGAGCAGGGUGCCGUAGAGGCGGCUGUAAAACCUCCGCUGCCCCCGCACCGCUCCCCGAGGGAGGCAGGGGGGAUCCGGCCGGAGGAGAGGAGCGGCAGCCUGGAGGCGGGCGAGGGCCUGGUCACCGUCCCCCGCCGGGCGCUGCUGUCCCAGCACACCAGCUCCAUCCACGCCCUCCUGCAGGAAGCCCAGGAAUCCCUGCAGAGCCAGUCCGGCUGGGUGCCUCUCCUGCUGGCCCUGCUACACGAAUACACAGCGAGCAAUUCCCACUGGAAGCCUUAUUUCUCCCUCUGGCAGGACUUCAAGAGCCUGGAUCACCCCAUGUUCUGGCCUGAAGAAGAGCGAACAAGGCUCCUGCAGGGCACAGGCAUUCCAGACGCAGUGGAAAAGGACCUGGCUAACAUCCACCUGGAGUACAGCUCCAUCGUCCUGCCUUUCAUGGAGUCCCACCCCAACGUCUUUGACCCCAAGCUGCACACACUGGAGUUGUACAAGCAGCUGGUGGCGUUUGUCAUGGCUUAUAGCUUUCAGGAGCCUUUGGAGGAGGAAGAUGAAGAUGAGAAGGGGCCCAAUCCUCCAAUGAUGGUGCCUGUAGCAGAUAUUUUGAAUCAUGUGGCCAACCACAAUGCCAACCUGGAAUACUCUCCCCAAUGUUUACGAAUGGUUACAACACAGCCUAUCAGCAAAGGACAAGAGAUCUUCAACACGUACGGGCAGAUGGCCAACUGGCAGCUCCUACACAUGUAUGGCUUCGCAGAGCCGUACCCUGGCAACACCAACGACACAGCUGACAUCCAGAUGGUGACAGUACGCAAAGCAGCACUGCAGCGUGCCAAAAGCGAAGCACAGCAGCAGCUGGUCUCAGAGCAGUGGGACUUCUUGUGCCAGCUGGAGAUGGUGGGGGAGGAAGGUGCCUUUGUGCUUGGCUGGGAUGAGGUGCUGACAGAGGAAGAGCUGUCCACAACCCUGAAGGUGCUGUGCAUGUCAGAAGAAGAAUUCAAGGAGUAUAAAGAACAAGAUGGCUGGGAAGACAACAGCGAGGAAGAGGAAAACUCUACCCUUUCUAACGAGGCUCUCUCCAGACUUAAAACCCCAUGCAAGCAGCUCCUUUACGACAGUGUGCUGCUGACCCUGGAGUCCUAUGGGUCAGACUUGAAAGCGGAGCAGGACCUGCUAAAUAACAAAGAGGCUUAUGAGAAACUGAGUCGAAGGGAGCAGCAAGCUUUGCAUGUGCGCUAUGGACAGAAAAGGAUCUUGCAUCAGCUGCUAGAGCUCGUACGCUAGAAACCUCGCUGCCUCUGGUAAUGACCUGCCUGGAACUGUGCUCAGGAAGGGAAGGUCAGCCUUUGGCCGUCUCUUCUACAGCAGCAAGAACAGAUGGCAAGAUUAAAUAGGGGUCCACUAGUCCCUCAAGUGGCAUGUGGCUUUUUAGCUACCUCUACAUAAACAAAAAAAUCUUCCACAGCACAGAA